GAGCCCCGCGUGGGCCCCGCGCCCCAAAUCCCGCCACUGUCCCAGCCAAGCGCUCCCAGGACGCAUCCGCCGGCGCCGUGAUGCAGCGGCCCGGGGAGCCGGGCGCCGCGCGCUACGGCCCGCCCGAGGGCUGUGCGGAUCACCGGCCGCACCGCUACCGCAGCUUUAUGAUCGAGGAGAUCCUCACCGAGCCGCCGGGACCCAAGGGCGCUGCGCCGGCCGCCGCCGCCGCCGCCGCGGGCGAGCUGCUCAAGUUCGGCGUGCAAGCGCUGCUGGCGGCGCGGCCCUUCCACAGCCACCUAGCGGUGCUGAAGGCUGAGCAAGCAGCGGUGUUCAAGUUCCCAUUGGCGCCCCUCGGCUGCUCCGGUCUGGGCUCCGCGUUGCUGGCCGCGGGGCCUGGGCUGCCCGGUGCGGCGGGGACGCCGCACCUGCCACUGGAGUUGCAACUCCGUGGGAAGUUGGAGGCAUCAGGCCCUGGGGAAACAGGCACGAAAGCCAAAAAAGGGCGCCGGAGCCGUACUGUGUUCACCGAGCUGCAGUUGAUGGGCCUGGAGAAACGCUUCGAGAAGCAGAAGUAUCUCUCCACGCCAGACAGAAUAGACCUCGCCGAGUCCCUGGGUCUGAGCCAGUUGCAGGUGAAGACGUGGUAUCAGAAUCGGAGGAUGAAAUGGAAGAAAAUAGUGCUGCAGGGCGGCGGGCUGGAGUCCCCUACGAAGCCCAAGGGGCGGCCCAAGAAGAACUCCAUCCCGACGAGCGAGCAACUCACCGAGCAGGAGCGCGCCAAGGAGGCAGAGAAGCCGGUAGAGGUGCCGGGCGAGCCCAGCGACCAAAGCCGGGAGGACUGA